CGUCGCCGAGUUUACUUAGUUUAUCACUCACCAGCAAGCCAACCAGUAAGCGAACCACUCAGUCGUUCCAGUGCCGAGCUGCUUCCAUUCACCGUUUCCAGUAUAAAGCCCAGGCGACUACGCUUAGCGUUACAGAAGUCAAGCAACUGAAAAAAAGCGCCAUUUUUCAAACAAUUGGACUCGAGUGAAGUUGUAAACACAGGAGCACAGAGCAAAAAACAUCAGCCAAAAUGUCUGAUCGCAAAGCCGUGAUUAAAAAUGCCGACAUGAGCGAGGAGAUGCAGCAGGAUGCCGUCGAUUGUGCGACACAGGCCCUCGAGAAGUACAACAUUGAGAAGGACAUUGCGGCCUACAUCAAGAAGGAGUUCGACAAAAAAUACAAUCCCACAUGGCAUUGCAUUGUGGGCCGCAACUUUGGAUCGUAUGUCACCCACGAGACGCGCCACUUCAUCUACUUCUAUUUGGGCCAGGUGGCCAUUUUAUUGUUUAAGAGCGGUUAAAGUAUUGUCGAGUCGGAUGAAGUGGUGGU